CACACAGAGACACAUAUCCACCCGUACCGGCAGCAGCGGCGGCAGCAGCAGCCCGGCAGCAGAAGUCAGGGCAAACCUCUAGGUUCAGUCUUUAGUAACGGCAGCAUCAGUAAAAAUUCCAGGAAGGGUGAAGAGUUGAGAGGUUCCUUUUGCAUUUCUUUUCUUUUCCUUUUUGGAGAUAUUUUUUUUUUGUUGUGUUGUUUUUUUUCCUCCCCAUUUUGUUUGCAUCCAGAGGAUGGCAGGCUGCGGGCUAUCGGAAGAUGCCUUCUUCUCCUCUUUCUUUUACAACUACAGCUCCUCCUGGGAAACCUCCUACAACCAGUGUGCUGCUCUUGUUGGUGAAGACCAGCCUCUUUGCCCAGAUCUCCCAGAACUUGACCUCUCUGAACUAGACGUGAAUGACUUGGACGCAGACGGCUUCCUAGGUGGACUCAAAUGGUGUAGUGACCAAUCAGAAAUCAUUUCCAAUCAGUACAGCAAUGAAUCUUCAAAUAUAUUCGAGAAGAUAGAUGAAGAGAAUGAGGCAAACUUGCUAGCCGUCCUCACGGAAACAUUGGACAGUCUCCCUGUGGAUGAGGAUGGAUUGCCCUCAUUUGAUGCACUGACAGAUGGAGAUGUGACCAAUGACAAUGAUGCUAGCCCUUCGCCUAUGCCCGACGGCACCCCUCCAACUCAGGAGGCAGAAGAGCCGUCUCUACUUAAGAAGCUCUUACUGGCUCCAGCCAACACUCAGCUAAGUUAUAAUGAAUGCAGUGGUCUCAGUACUCAGAACCAUGCAAAUACUAAUCAUAGGAUCAGAACAAACCCUGCGGUUGUUAAGACCGAGAAUUCAUGGAGCAAUAAAGCGAAGAGCAUUUGUCAACAGCAAAAGCCACAAAGGCGUCCCUGCUCAGAGCUUCUCAAGUAUCUGACUACAAAUGAUGACCCUCCUCAGACCAAACCAACAGAGAGCAGGAACGGCAACAAAGACAAAUGCCCUUCCAAAAAGAAGCCCCAUCUCCAGUCUCAGUCGCAUCAUUUGCAAGCCAAACCAACAAGUUUAUCACUUCCUUUGACACCCGAGUCACCAAAUGAUCCCAAGGGUUCCCCAUUUGAGAACAAGACUAUUGAAAGAACCUUAAGUGUGGAACUCUCUGGAACUGCAGGCCUAACUCCACCUACGACUCCUCCUCAUAAAGCUAAUCAAGAUAAUCCUUUUAGGACUUCUCCAAAGCAGAAGUCAUCAUGUAAAACCAGUGUGCCACCUUCCAAGAAACCCCGCUAUAGUGAAUCUUCUGGUACCCAAGUAAAUAAUCCCAUUAAGAAAGGUCCAGAACAAUCAGAGCUGUAUGCUCAGCUCAGCAAGACUUCUGUACUAUCCAGCGGACACGAGGAGAGAAAAGUGAAACGGCCUAGUUUACGGCUAUUUGGCGACCAUGACUACUGUCAGUCAAUUAAUGCAAAAACUGAAAUACGCAUUAAUUUAUCACAGGAGCUCCAGGACUCUAGACAACUAGAAUAUAAAGAUGCCUCCCCUGGAUGUCAGGGGCAGACUCGUUCUUCCACAGAUUCAGACCAGUGCUACACAAGAGAGACUUUUCAGGCGAGCAAGCAGGGUUCCCCAUGCGGCCACAGAAAACAGCUCCAAGACCAGGAAAUCCGGGCUGAGCUGAACAAGCACUUUGGUCAUCCCAGUCAAGCUGUUUUUGAUGAUGAAGCAGACAAGACCAGUGAACUGAGGAACAGUGAUUUUAGUAACGAACAAUUCUCCAAACUACCUAUGUUUAUAAAUUCAGGACUAGCUAUGGAUGGUCUGUUUGAUGACAGUGAAGACGAAAGUGAUAAACUAAGCUAUCCUUGGGAUGGGACACAAUCCUAUUCAUUGUUUGAUGUGUCACCUUCUGGCUCUUCUUUUAAUUCUCCAUGUAGAGAUUCAGUGUCUCCACCCAAAUCCUUAUUUUCUCAAAGAUCCCAAAGGAUACACUCUAGAUCAAGGUCCUUUUCUCGACACAGGUCAUGUUCCCGAUCUCCAUAUUCCAGGUCAAGAUCAAGGUCACCAGGCAGCAGAUCUUCUUCAAGAUCUUGUUACUUCUAUGAGUCCAGCCACUGCAGACACCGGGGACAUCACAGUUCUCCCUUAUAUGCGAGGUCACGCUCCAGAUCGCCUUAUGGCCGUAGGCCCAGGUAUGACAGCUACGAAGAAUAUCAGCAUGAAAAGCUGAAGAGGGAAGAAUACCGCAAAGAAUAUGAGAAACGGGAGUCUGAAAGGGCCAAGCAAAGAGAGAGGCAAAGGCAAAAGGCAAUUGAAGAGCGUCGUGUGAUUUAUGUUGGCAAAAUCAGACCUGACACCACCCGGACAGAACUGAGGGACCGUUUUGAAGUUUUUGGUGAAAUUGAGGAGUGCACAGUAAAUCUGCGGGAUGAUGGAGACAGCUAUGGUUUCAUCACCUAUCGCUAUACUUGUGAUGCUUUUGCUGCUCUUGAAAAUGGAUACACUUUGCGCAGGUCGAAUGAACCUGACUUUGAGCUGUACUUUUGUGGACGCAAGCAAUAUUUCAAGUCUAACUAUGCAGACCUAGAUUCACACUCAGAUGAUUUUGACCCUGCUUCUACCAAGAGCAAAUAUGACUCUCUGGAUUUUGAUAGUUUACUGAAAGAGGCCCAGAGAAGCCUGCGCAGGUAACAAGCCCACAGGCUGAGGAUAAUGGAGGGAUGGUGAAUACCUCACAGGACAUCACGUCCUUCAAUAUGGACUCUUGAAAGUCAUACUUAGGAAUUUAUCCUACUUUACACUCUCUGUACAAAAAUUUUAAAAAAAGGUUUACAUGAACACGGCUGCUGAGGAGGGAAGAGGCCAAAGGGACAUCGAGUAAGCACAUGUUUAUCCAUGGGGGUCAGCUUUGCUUUCCUGGGAUGACAGUGGUGGUUGUUGUGGCAUUGUGUGUGUGUGUGUGUGUGUGUGUGUGUGUGUGUGUCUUUGUGUUUGGGGGGGUGAGGGUACAAGCAAUGGCUGGCGAAAGUGCAAAUGCGAACCACUUGAAGUGACAGCAGUUCCAUAGAGAGACACUUUAAACCUAGAACUUCAAAAUGUCCGUGCUGUAUCUAAAAAGAAAAAAAAAAGGAAAAGCAAACAAACCACAGAUCACCCUAUACUGACCACAGGUGAUGCCUGGGCUUCAGCUGCUGAGCUCUUGUUUUUUUUUAGAAAGAGAAAACACAAGCAAACACAACCUUCUCUGGUAUUGUAAUGAUGAUGUGACAAUCCUGAGGAAAGGACAGGUCCCACAGACCUAACAUCCUCUCUCUCUUUUUUUUUUCUUUUUCUUUUUCCCUGUUGACCUUGGAGCCUGGAUGGAAGCAUAAACAGCGGGCACUGGAAUAUUAAACCUCUUAAUAUUUUGAAGUUUCUGUAGUUCAUCCUUUAUCCUGACACCCAUGUAAAUGUCCCAAAUGUGGAUCUUCCACAGCAGAUUUUAAAAGCCUUGUCAAUGGUCACACGUGCAACUUGUUCAGCAGUCCUUUCUGAUGAGUGGACACGAUGUUACGUUAUUAACGAGAGUUGGGUAGAACUAUCUGGGAUGUGUUCAGAUAGUGAGUGUAUUUACUACAUUCUCCGAUGUAGUUAAGUAUUUACAGAUGUUCAAUGGAGUAUUUUUAUUUUGUGUACAUACUCUAUGACGAUGUUCUUUUUUUGUUACAGCUAUGCACUGUAAAUGCAGCCUUCUUUUCAAAACUGCUCAAUUUUUCUUAAUCAAGAAUAUUCAAAUGUAAUUAGGAGGUGAAACAAUUAUUGUAUACUAACAUAUUUAGAAAGCUGAACUUAUGCUUAUAUAUAUUUGAUUGUAAAAAAAAAGACAGUGUGUGUGUUUGUUGAGUGCAAAACAAAAAAAGAAAAAAAAAACACAAACCGUUGCUUUAUGCACAUUCAUCCCUUCUUCGGUGAGCUUUGAUCUAAGCUUCUUGUCAAGGAAAAUCCUAGCCCCCAAAAGGUAUUCACCACUUCUGCGAUUUUUUCCCACAUUUUCUUGUUGCUUGUUUUUCUUUGAAGUUUUAUACACUGGAUUUGUUAGGGGGAUGAAAUUUUCUCAUCUAAAAAUUUUUCUAGAAGAGAUCAUGAUUUUAUGUAAAGUCUCUCAAUGGAUAAUCAUUAAGAAAUGUUUUUAUUUUCUGUAUCAACAGUAGUUUUGAAACUAGAGGUCAAGGAUCUUUUUAAAAUGCUGUUUUGUUUUAUUUUUCGUGAUUUUAAUUUGAUACAAAAUGCUGAGGUAAUAAUUAUAGUAUGAUUUUUACAAUAAUUAAUAUGUGUGUAUGAAAUCUAUCUUUGAAGCCAGUAUCUCUCUUCAUUGGCAGAGUUCAAGAAUGGUAUUUAUCUAUAUUUUUUACAGUUAUGCAUCCUGUAUAAAUGCUGAUAUUUCAUUCCUUUGUUUACUAAAGAGACAUAUUUAUCAGUUGCAGAUAGCAUAUUUAUUAUAAAUUAUAAGGUGGCAAAAAUAAGAAAGCCAGUGGAAAUGUUAUACCCAGGAUGCAUGACACUUGUCAGGUUCGAAUUUUAAGCACUUCAUUUGGGAAAUUCAGCUUUUGCAGAAGCAAUGUUUCUCCUUGCACUAGCAUGGCCUCCCAAUGUGACCAUGACAUUGUUCUUGACAACAUUGCUUCUUCUAAAUUAAAUGGAAACUUCUGAAAAUCUCCAUCUUGAGCAUCCGGAUUUCAUCUUGAGUGUGGAGUCCCUAGAGCUGAAUCAGUAAAGUCUGGAGAACGUAUUCAAGUUUAUAAAUUGAUAUUCGAUUACUGUUUGGCAUUCAUGACUUCGUUUUAAAGAUACGGUAUACCUCCCUACUUAAUCUUUCUGUUCUCUCCCCCUCCCCCAAUGCAAUCUUAUAAAACUGAUUUCACCCCCAGGCUAAUGCAGCGGAUUUUGAUAGCUGCAUUCAUUUAUCACCAGCAGAUUGUGUUCUGAGAGAUUCCACUGUCUGUCCUGUCGGAUGCUUGCUUGACUUUUUGGCUUCUUAUUUCUAAGUAGAUAGAAAGCAAUAAAAAAAAUUAAAAAAAUAAAAACUUGUUCACUGGUUCUGCGUUACAACAGUAACACCUUUAAUCCGCCUAAUUCUUAUUGUUCUGUAGGUUAAAAUGCAGGUAUUUUAACUCUGUGUGAACGCCAAACUAAAGUUUACAAUUUUUCUUUUUGAAUUUUGAGUAUCUUCUGUUGUAGAAUAAUGAUAAAAAAGACUAUUAAAAGCAAUAAAUUAUUUUUAAGAAAUCAAUAUUUAGUAUAUCAUAUUAUGUGUUCAAGGACCACCAGAUGCAUUACCUAUUUUGCCUUUAAAUUUUUGUGAUCCAGUUUUAAAUACAUUUUCUCUUUUGCCCUGAAUUGCUGACAUAAGUAUUUUUUUUAAAUUUGUUAAAAGAUAGCAACACAGACCUUAUAUCAUGGUUUAAUUUUUUUUCCCCACUGGCCUGAUGAAUAUUCUUUCCAUGAAGAUAGCUUUCCUCCAUGGACUUCAAAUUGCCUAUAAAAUUAGCGCAAAGAAAGGAUCACUAAACCAUCCGAAUAGUGCUUUUUAUAUCUUAAGCAGACACUGUGGGUAGCCCAUCAAAAAUGUAAACUGUGUUCCCUUUAUUUUUAAGAGAACAUUUCAAAUGAACACAUGCACCCCAUCAUUAUUGGAGGCCCAUUUCAGCAUAGAUCUGUAUGUCUUUUAGAUGAACGGUGUGCUGUUGCUUUCAUGCUGUGGUAAGUAUCCCAUCUGCAAUAUUGGUAACUAAACUGGUGCUUUAUACGUGUGGGCCUUUUAAAGAGUCAUAUAGCAGGGUAAUUCCUACCUAACGCAAACUGUUUUGAGACUCCAAAAUAAGGCAUCUUCAUUUUGAGGGGUCAGGGGAGAGGGGAAUCAAUCUAUACUAAAUGACUAAGAACAAAUGUUGGGCUAUCAACACCCAAGACAGCAUGGUGAGGAGGGUCUACGCUACUAGGGCGUGAUGGUUGGGUCAGUUGAAAAAAAAAAAAGGAAACCUUGUAAUGGCUUUAGGUGUAAGUUUACAGUAGGUAAUGAUUAUGUGUCCUUUGUGAUGGCUGUAAUGAGAACUCGAAUCACUGUAGUCUAAGACCUGAUCUAUAAAUGACCUAGAAUAGCCAUGUCAUAUAAUGUGAUGAUUCUGAAUUUGUACCUCUGUGACAGACAUUUUCAAUAAUGUGAACCACUGAUUGGAUGGAGCCACUUAAAGAUUUGUAGGUGAAAGUGUAAUACUGUUGGUUGAACUAUGCUGAACGGGGAAAGUGAACUUUUAGUUUAGCCCUCAAUGGGCUAUUUUCCACCUGCCAAUUCUACAUGUACUAUUGUGGUUUUAUUCAUUGUAUGGAAAUUCCUGUGAUUUUUUUUAAUGUGCAGUACACAUCAGCCUCACUGAGUUAAUAAAGGGAAACGAAUAUUUCAAAUCCA